UUUAAACCGCCGGAUGUGACGUCGGGGACAAAAACGCUCAGCAGCUCUUCGGGUUGUCCCGGGUUGGCCCGGGUUACACAUGAUAAACAAACAUCUGGCUCGGUUUAGACUCUUUGUUUAGCCUUUAUGUGUUAAAGGAACAUUUGUUCCACAUUUUAAAUGUCUCUUAAAAGAAGCCGCCGGACUCCAGGUGACGCAGCUCGGUGAGGUUAGCCGGCAUUAGUCCGCACGGCUCGGAGCUGCUUCAGGUUUCUGUUUCCAGCUGAAGAAAAUCUGAAGAAAAUGAAGAGGAAAGUUUCCCAGCUCAGACUGAGCCCCAACGAGGAGGCCAGGCUGAUCCGAGAGGAGCAUGAGAGGAGGAGGAAGCUGCGAAUACAGCAGGUGCGGGAGCAGCAGCGGUACAUCGCGCUGCAGAUCCGCCGAGAGGUCGAGUUGAGGCGGCGGCGUGAGCUCGAGCAGCUGAAGGAGGAGCUGAGGGACGACUGGGAGCGACAGCAGAGGGAGAAACUCAACACACUGCAGAAACUUUACCAGGAGAGCCUCCAGCUUCUCGGCCAAGGACACAGGAGCGCAAAAGAAAACGAACCCGACCUGGCAGCCAUAGCUCAGAGGGAGGAGGAAAAUCACAGCAAAGCAGAGGAGCGUUAUCGAGAAGCUCUGAAUGAGCUCAAAUCACAGAGGCUUAAAGACCAAGAGAGGCAGAGCCGUUCUAUCAAUGCCAGGAAGAAGGCGCUACAGGCAGAAAAGGAGAGAGCGGCAAAAGUGGCCAGCCUCCCGCCGCCGCCGCCAAACCCCAUUCAGAACAUCGAUUCAAAGAAGCCUCAUGUGGUAAAGAAGUCUGAUGUGAGCGCCUUUGCUGCUACACAUUACCACAUGCCUGAGAGCACAGUGGACAGAGAGGCAGACCCAACACAGCCUAACGCUCACGAGGAAGCUGAGCUGGAGGCGAGGAGAAUGCAGGACCUCCAGAGGGAGGAGAAGCAGAGGAGAGAGGAGCAGCUGGAGAAGGCUCGUCUCAGAGGGAAGCAGGCUCUGAGGAGGGAACACCUCGUGCAGGACCGUGAGCGCUUGCUCUUGGAGCUGGAACACAUGCAGCAGACAGACCUGCUGAGGAGGAGACAGCAGGUGUCACACAUGCCUGCUCAGAUCUUCCAGCCUCUCUACAAGAGACAGGAGAUGAGGGAGGACUUCCAGAGGGAGAUGGAGUUCGCCUUUGAGGACAUGUACACUGGAGAGAGGAGGGUUAAAGGUGAUCUGGUGGUCCAGCUGGUACCGGAGCCUCUGCCAGCUCUGUCCACAGGCAGCCAAGACCAGGACCAGGAGCUGGACAUCACGCUGGACGAAAUCCCCACACCAGCAGCAGAAAACACACACCAUGACACUGAGCAAGAAGCUGGAAGCCCUGAGCAGGAAGCAUCUGCACGAGCAGAGACCUCCAGACCUGCUCCCAGACGGGCGUUGAAGAAACUCCUGGAUCGUAUCAGGAGCCAGCGGACUCACUGGAGCGAACACAACGGUCACGUCCCCGCAGCCGACUCGCCGACCGCCUUCACCAAUCAGAUACCAGAGCACGACACAACCAUCGACACGGGAUCUCUGACCAGUGAGGAGAAGGACAAACUCCCUGAACCCGCCCGCUCUCCACCCGCAGUUUCAGAGACAACAGAGCCGUCAGCUGAAGCAGAAACUUCGGCUCCUGUCCGACUCCAAGAAUUUACAGACGAACGAAGGAAAAGGGAGUUGGAGCUCGAGCAGGAGAAGCAGCAGCAGGUGGUGUUGAUCCAGGAGUUAGAGGAGCAGAAGGCCAAACUGGAGCAGAUGCUGUUUGAAGCACAGCAGGAGAGAGAGCACCUAAAGGCUGCUGUGACCCAGGAAGUGCCUGUCCUCGACCAGGAAGUCACCUCCGUCUCCUCCGGGCUGUCCAGUGAGCUGGUGCCUCCUCCGGGUGAAGAUGAACACAGCAGAAGGAUUCGAGAAUACCAACAGAGGCUGCUGGAACAGAACAGAAUUCAUCAGAGGUCGGUGGAGGUGGCUCGUCAGCGGCUGGAGGAAUACCAGCGAGCUCUACAGAUCCGUUACAGCAUGACCACCAAACAGUCGCUGCCCUCCGUCGUGCCUCCAGGACUCGUUCACCCGCCGCUACACAGUACUGGGCCUGUUCAUCUUCCUGCUCCUCCGUCACUCCCAACAACUCCUGCAGUGCCUGCAUACGUCCCUGCCAGACCACACCCCUCUGUGGAAGUCACUACAAGAGAGGCUGACAUGGUGGCUUCACCUCCCCACCUUCCUGGCUCCAGUUUGAGGGUUUGCUCCAGGUUGCUGCCAGAUGAAGUGGAAUCUGUUUGGAACAGAGCGAAGAACCAGAAACCCGAUGUUUCUACCUGGCUGACUGACAACAUAAUGGAGAGAGUGACUGAGCACCUUCCAGACAGCGUGAAACCCGUCUCAGUCACCAUGAAGCCACCGCCCCACAAACUGUCCACAACACGUGAGUCUACCAGCAUCCUGCUUCAGCCGACCUCUCAUCCCAUCCAAGUCAUCGGCCCCAGCAUUGCAGAUAGAACACCUCUGUUUCCAGGCCAUGUAGCGGUUAAGCCGCAUGUCUCCCUGCUGACUGGGACCCUGAGCUCCAGAGAGGACGACAUGGAGAGGCAGAGACGGGAGCUGCAGAGGCAACAAGAGGAGGAGGAGGAGGAGGAGAGGCAGAGAUGGGAGCUGCAGGAGGUUCAGAGACGAUUGCUGGAGCAGAGGGAGGCAGUGGAAGUGCAACAGAGGCAGAAAGAAGAGGAGAGGCAGAGACAGGAGCUGCAGAGACGAAUGCAGGAGCAAAGAGCGGCAGUAGAGCUCCAGCAGAAGCAGCAAGAAGAGGAGAGGCAGAGACGGUUGCUGGAGCAGAGGGAGGCGAUGGAGGUGCAACAAAGGCAGACAGAGGAGGAGAAGCAGAGGCGGGAGCUGCAGGAGGUUCAGAGACGGUUGUUGGAGCAGAGGGAGGCAGUGGAGCUGCAGAAGAAGCAACAAGAAGAGGAGAGGCAGAGGCGGGAAGUGGAGAUGGAGGAGAUGAGGCGACAGAAGGAGACGUUACAGGCUCUGAUUCAUACUGACGCACAGCCAGGUGCAGAGGUCUCCAGUGAAGUGCCGCUUUCAGAGAGCAUCGGUCCAACUCGACGUCAGUUACUUGCAUCACUGCUGCGAGCCAUACAGGAAACUAACGGAGGAACUCUAUCACAUCUAGAAGAGCCGCAGGAGGAAGAUGACUCUCCUCAACAACCAUCAUCAUCUUACAGCGUCGAGACUGACCCCGUCUUUCAGAGCAGUGUUCCUGCUGGACCUCUCCCAGCAUCAGGCCUCCUGCCUCCUCCUCGAGCAGCGAAGCCUCCAGUGACUCGCGUCAGGCUGGGCGUCAUGAAGAUGAUGACUGAACAACAUGAGCUCAGUGCUAUUCAAGAGGUGGAGACGCCAGUCAACAGCAGCCUGGUCACAGGUCUGGAGGACAGUGUGAAGCUUCCUUCACAGACUGUGGGCUGGGAUCCACAGGAGGAGUCCGACUCGUCGGUGUCCUCUGACAGGACUCUGCAGACGCCCUCUUGGUCCAGCAGCGAGCAGCGGCCUGCUGAAAGACGAGAGGCGAGCUCGAGGAGGUACAGCCAUCUGGAUCUGCUGAUGGAGGCUGGAACAUCUCCAGAAUCCUCAGAGUCAUCUGAUUCAGUCGUGAGGAAAACGUCACGGCUUUCCUCUGACUCUGGCAGAGGAGCUGACUACUCCGGACCUGCGAUCACGAGCUACAGAUCCUUCACAGAGUCUGCACAGAGGCCUCCUGACUCUGACUGCCUCUCCUCCACCACCAUCUCCAGCGGCAGCUACAUCACCACAGACCCUGAACAAAACGAGCCAAACGUAAACACUGAUAAAUCUCUGCCCAUCAGACGUCAUGUGGAACCAGAUGGAGGAGCAAAUUCGCUGAACGUCUCCUCUCCGUCGGGUCAAAACUUCUCCAUGAACAGCUCGACUGCAGCCCGUCCUGCUCUGGAUGUCGACUCUCUGUUUGGUGACAGCAGCAUCCAGCGAAUCAUCGACCGAUACACGAGAGAGCUCAACUUCUCCCUCAGCACCACCGGGAGAGCCGCAGACAGUGAAGGCUCUCAUGUGGACGAUCCCGGCUCAGUCUCUCAGCAGUCUUUGGUUCGAGUCUCAGAGAGGAGUCGGUGUCUUCCCUCAGACGCAGCAGCAGCACAGAGGAGUGUCCAGGAAUGGGACAACACAGUCGAUCCAAUCCUGGAGCACUUCUCAGUUGAGGGCACAGAGCAGGACUCUUUCAGACCUCUGAUUGGCCGGCUGGCAGACCAAUCAUCCUGCUUGGCUGUCGACCACAGGGACUCGACCAUGGAGCAGCUGGUCGGUCAGCCAUCGGCUCACUCGUCCAUGAUCGGUCAGCUGCCCGGGCUGCCGGUGGGCCUCGAUCAAGGCGGAUGGGAUUCCACUCUGAGCCGGAUGAUUGGUCGACUCUCCCAUCAGUCCAGCCCUCAUUGGCUGAGUGGAGGCCACGACUUCUAUGCGGGUCAGAUGGUGUCAGAGCGAUCAGCCACGUGGUUGGAUGAAGAGAGCCGGAUGAGACCGCUGGUCGGAGAGCUGGAUGAGUCCACUGGACACCACAGUGGGAGCUCAGGUGAAAGAACUCGCGUGGAUCCCGAUGUUUCCACUGAGGCCAGUGUGCCGUCAUUCCCAGCGUUGCCUCCUGAAGCGUCGUCACACAGCGCCUCUGACCCGGCUGUGAAUCCACACCCCCAGGACCAGAACCAAACCAGUCCAAUGGACCUGGGCCCAGAGCGGACUGAAGACUCGUUCCACCUGCUCGUGGCUGAAGUCACCCACAACGAAACAGCCGAGCCCUCCGUCAACUUCCACGCUGUGCCUGACUCUCCUGAAGGUCGGCCAGCCAGCUGUGAACAGAGCGCCUCUGCACCGCCUGAAGAGUUUGAAACCCACAACGACCCGUCCAUCGAGUCUGAACUGUCUCCUGAGCGCCUCAGGACAGACAAGCCGCCCAGUUGCCUGACGCCGCCCCACGCCUUACAUGAGUCUUUCUCCCAGCUCAUCACCUCCCAGCACCACCCCCAUGAGGUGGAGCUAACCGCUCUGAGUCUGUCAAAUCUCACCAUGUGUGAUGAUGCGCUGACUCUGAAGCUGCAGCCUGAGGAACCGUUCAGAGAGCUGGAGUCUGAGCAGACUGUUCGUCCUGCCUCAGAGAAGCUGUCGGAGGCUGGCGGUGAGAAAGGCAUCCUGGAGCAGUCGGAGAUAACACUCGUGAGCCUGACAGACACAACUCUGCAGGACCAAGAGACGACCAUCACCGACGAAGACGGAGUCUGGGACGGCAAACAUCCAGACAGGGUGAUGGAGGAAGGACAGAAAGAGACAGAGGAGUCGCACUCAGUGGAACAGACUCCAGAGGACGAGAACCAAACACCUCCAGUGACCUUCCUGGAGUUUCAGUGGGGUCCGAGCCAAGACCUGCAGCAGGUCUACCAGCAGAAACGACAAGCACUGCUCCAGAGAUCAUCGCACAGGGUCGAGGAAAUCAAGUCCAGAAGAGAUGGUCCAAAGGUUCAGCCUGAGGUCCAAGCUCCACCCAGAGAGCAGUCUAAAGCUAAAGACUCUCAACCUGUCAGCUGUAAAUCAAAGACUAAGACUGAACCUCAGCCUAAGACGAACACAAAGUCAGAGGGAGGACGGGCUGAGCAACAGACGUCUGACAAGUCUGGUUUCAAGCAGAAAAAGGUCCAGUGUCGACCUUCAGUGAGCGACUGCAGGCUGAAGAUCUGCACACCGGAGCAGAGGAAGCUGGAUGUUACUGAGAUGCAUCAGAGGACUCAGAGACUGUACGAGCAGCUGGAGGAGGUGAAGCAUCAGAAAGCAGCGAGGAGCCGACAGGAGGCGUCUGCAGAGAACAGGCUGAAGGCCAAAGAGUUCCACAAGAAAACGUUACAGAAACUUCGUGCCAAGACGACUCGGCAGUGAUCGACUGUGAAUGUUCUUUUGUACAAGUUAAGUUCUUUUUUAAAGUUUUAUCAAUAAAGUAUUUUAAGUUAUUUAAA